AUGGAUCAAGAAGACAAUAAGAAGGAGGGGAAUUAAGAUUAAGAAGAAUAACAAAUUGAUGAAUCUUAAAUUACAUAAACUGAAUAGACAGAAAAUAAGAAUGAGGAAUAAGAAUUUGAAUGCGAAUAAAUUUAAAAUCAAAAUGAGAAUUUAUAAAACUCAGCUGAAAAGGUGCUAAAAUAAAAUCCAAAUGUUCCUAGUAUCCCAAAUAAUACAAAUCCUAUAAAUUAAACGGCUGCUUAAGCAGGCUCCUAAACAUCAAACUUUUAAGAUAGCAUUCAUACUUUAGCAGCAAUCAUCAACAAUAUCGAUAAUCAAGUGCUAUUAUAAAAAGCCCCUUUGGAAAGUCUUUGCAAUUUGCUGUAGAUUGCCCAACCAGGUGAAUUUGAUGAUGUGUCAGAUCCUGCAGGAAUGAAGGAACUUAUUGAAUAGUAAUAUUUAAGGAAAAGAUCUGAUUUGGAAAUGCUAAUCUAUCACGUCAUGAAAGGAUAUGACGAAUUGAAUCAAAAAGUAAACCUAAAUCAAUUGGAGAAAAUCAUGAGAAUUCUAAAAAGUAAAAAUAAAAGCAUUUACAUAACAAAAGAUGGGUUUACAGAAUAGGCACUUUAAUGUUUGUGUCAUCAUCAUCAAAAUCAUUAAUAAGAAUAACAAGAAGAAAAUAUAGAGUAGAAUACAUAAUAAGAAUAAUAACAAGAAGAAUAAUAAUAAUAACAAGAAGAGUAAUAACAAUAAGUAGAAUAAUAAUAACAAUAAGAAGAAUAAUAAUAAGAAUAGUAGAAUGCCAUUGAGUAAAAUGAAGAGAUUAAAGUAUAACAAGAGAAAAAUGAAGUAGAAAUAUAAACAGAUUAAAUAGAAGAAAGUGAAUAGCAAGUUGACUAAGAUGAAUAAAAGCUGGGAGAUUUAAUUUAAAAGCAGAAGUAAUAAUUUGAAGAUUUCUAACAAUAAAUAGAAGAAAAUAAAACUGCACUAUAAACUUAAGAAGAGGAAAUUGAUUAAUAAAUUUAAUAAGUUGAAAAACAAGAUGAACAAUAAUAGUUGACUUAAGAAUAAUUAGAAUAGAAUGUUGAAUAAUUAAAGCAUUCAAUAUAAAGGAGUAGAGAAUAAAUUGAAAAGCUGACAGAGUAAAGAGACAUUCUCCUUGAAAAGAGCAGAGAAUUAGCCUAGAAACAAUAAGAAUUGAAAAUUCAACAGCAAUAAAUAUUAAGGUAAUUAAAAUAAAAUGAGGAAGAAGAGGAGGAAAACAAACCUAUUUCAUGUUAAGACAUAUUCGGUAUUAUGACACUUAAUACUUUAAAUCUAAAUCAAUUACAAAAUUAUAAUGAUCAAACAAAUAGCUUAAUUUUUAAGUUGAGUAAGAACUAUACAGUUGAAAUCAAAAGUGACGACGCAGAUUACAUAAGAGUUUUGAAUGAAAAUUCAAUUUUGAAGAUGCUUCCUUCCUUAUUACUUACUAGACACAUCUUUCCAUUUUUGAGUGCUUUUGAAUUAUUCAAAAUCAGAGAAGUUUGCGGAUGGUUCAAAGAAUAAGUGAAGAAAGCAUGGCCAAUUGUAUUCAAGAGAGAAAUGUUUGAAUAAUUAUUGGCUAGAGAUUUAGCCAAAAAUAUUUACACAGUUUUGAGUUUGUAAACUUUGAAAGGAACCCUCUAUUUUAAAGUAUAAAAUUUAAUCGAGGCAAUAAUCCAAGCCAUCUAAUGGGAGAAAGUAGAAGAAGCACUAUAACAAGAACAAAUGGAUAUUAAUAUCUAUCGACCUUUGAUUGCCUUGUUGUCAUUGUUCAAUAAAUAGCAUGAAAUUGAAUAUCCUCAUCAAAUCGAUGGAACCUUUGAUAUUAAAGAAUUAGCAAAGGAUAUGAAAAACUAGGUUAUUCAAUAUAUUUAAACUAACUUCUUACCUUUGAGUUUUAAUCAAAUGAGAAGGAUUAAUGAAAAUCUACUAUCUGCUCCUGAAUUCAGCGUUGAAUUUUUAGCAUCAAAAGAAGAUAAGUUGCCAUUGUAUCUCACCAUCUUACUUUAAUAGUUGUAUUAUCAUGGUUUGAUACAUUAAACAUUUAUUAUUGAUAGUUUUUAGUUGGAUAAAUGGAAGAUAGAACAAGAAAUACUCGGUAAAAGAUAAAGUUAUAACUAAAACUUUUUGGAAGGUGCAUACAAAAAACUAUUGCUUAAAACUUAUUAGGACGAUGGAGAAGACGAGUAAUCCUUAGAACAUCUUAACUCAGAUAUAAAUGAAGCUUAAUAAUUCUUACGUGCUUUGACCAAUUUAACACCUACUGAAAAUCCUGAUCCAGAUAUUGUUAUUAGAAGAAACAAAACAGUCACUAAGAUCUUUAUUGAUAUACAUACUAAAAUGGAUAUUUUAGUUUAAACUAUUGAGCAAUAUAGAAAUUAAAGUUUAUAAUAGGAGGCCCUUGCAUAAAAAGAUUAAUAGGAAUAAUCUGUUUAAAUUGAAACAGAAACCCUUUAGUAAUAAGAAGUAACCGAAAAGGAAGUCUAAACAGAAAAUCAGGAAGAAACAAAUAAACCAAAUAAUGAUUAAAAAGGAGAAAUUGAAAUCUAAUAAGAUUAAAAAUAAUAAUUACCAGAAGAACAAGAACAAGAACCAAAAAAGUUAAUAGAGGAAGAGAAUCUUAAUUAACCUAAAGAGUGA